AUGUCCAACGAGAAACUCGACUCGCGCGCUCCUGGAGACGCUGAAGUGGCUCGCAGCCCAAGCAAUGUAAAGCCCCAAAAGACGGGCUGGGACAAAUACGCCGGCGUCAUCGCAUGCGGUGCUGGAUUAUUUUCUGAUGGCUACCUCAAUAAUAUCAUCGGGCCUGUCAACACCAUGCUCAAGACCAUCUACCCUGAUGCCUACAAAAACUCGUCGGCCCAGGCAAACGUUGCGAGCAUCACUUUCGCCGGCACCGUCUUGGGUAUGCUGUUCUUCGGUUAUACGAGCGACCACUAUUCCCGGAAAUGGAGCUUGUUCGUGUCCACCAUCAUAAUCAUCCUGUUUGCCGCCCUAGGUACGGGUUCGUAUGGAGCUGGUGGGAGUCCGAAUGGGCUCAUCACUGCUUUGGUCGUCUAUCGCUUCUUUCUGGGUAUUGGAAUCGGUGGUGAAUAUCCAGCUGGAAGUGUUGGAUGCGCAGAGAACACGGGAGACUUGAAGGAAGGCUCGAGGAACAAAUGGUUCAUCCUCUUCACCAACGUGCAAAUUGACCUCGCAUUCUUCAUAUCCGCCAUCGUCGCCACCGUCGUAGUCCUAGCAACAGGUGAAAGCCACCUCCGAGCCGCCUGGCGCAUCUGUCUAGGAAUCGGUAUCAUCCCACCACUUUCCCUCCUCUACCUGCGUCUCAAGCUCCGCGAACCGGAAGCCUUCACGCGCGAAUCCCUCUCCAAGACCCGCACCCCCUGGCUCCUCGUAGCGCGCUUCUACUGGAAACGCCUCACCGUCGUCAGCCUCAUCUGGUUCAUCUACGACUUCUCCGCUUACUCCUUCGGCAUCUACGCCACGGACAUCCUAUCCAACCUCCUAGGCGAAGAAGCCCCGCUGUGGAAGUCCCUCGCCUGGAAUAUCCUCAUCAACUUCUUCUACAUGCCGGGAUGUCUCGCGGGCGCCUUUGUCGCCGAUCUGCCGAGUAUGGGCCCGAAGAAGACGCUCUUCAUUGGUGUCACGCUGCAGGGUGUGAUUGGUUUCGUCAUGGCCGGGUGUUACCCGCUACUCAGCAAACCCGAGAACGUCGCCGGCUUCACCGUCGUGUACGGCAUCUUUCUGGCUCUAGGCGAGUUCGGUCCCGGUGAUAAUAUCGGUUUGCUUGCGAGUAAAACGUGCGCCACGGGUAUCAGAGGACAAUACUACGGCCUCGCCGCCGCCAUCGGCAAGAUCGGUGCCUUUGCUGGAUCCUACGCCCUCUCCGCUAUCCAGACCGCCGCUGGCGACGAUGCGAUCGCAGCAGGCCGUAACCCCUUUUUCGUCGCGUCCGCUCUAGCGUUUGUAGCUGCAGGUCUAGUUCUGCUGCUUCCACAUAUCGGGCAAGAUACUAUUGAUGCCGAGGACGUCAGGUUCCGGGAGUUUUUGGAGGCCGAAGGUUGGGAUACAGGAGCGAUGGGAUUGAAAGAAGCACGCGAGGACGUGCGCGUAGUCGAAGGGGAAAGCGGGAAAGUAGUUUAA